UUCAGUGCUAUCAGCUUGUAUUGUACCACCAAAAUUUGUAGUCCUCCGAAAUUGGCAGGUAAAACGCAUUAAACUAAUAAUCGCGAUUGCCGUGCCGUCACCUGGAGAUACUCCCUAUAAAAGGGUCCCAAAUACGGAUGAGAACGCAGCUGCCGUGGGAACCUCCGGUGAAAAUGACAAACCUGUGAAUUGCCCGAAACAGUGCCUGGUGGGGGUGUCUCUCCUGCUCUCUCCCUCUAUCUCUCUCUCGCCAUCCGCUCGGCUCACCCCUCUCGCUCGCUCGUCCGCUGGAAGGAGGGGGAUGGACGGUUGAUGUUACGACGAGCACAGUGCAGUGUGAAUCACGUUUGGACGACCCCAAGGGAACGGGUACGGGAACCCAGAGAAGCCAGCGAUGUACCAGAGUGCCUGUCAGGCUGCCACCACGGGCUCCUGUGUCCCGGGAACCGGCCAGCAACCGGACAAUGAGCGACAGUCGGCCCUGAUCGCCCAACAACCCCCCACCGCGCCCGUUGAGCCCGAUUACAGUGGCUUCGAUAUCGUUAAGGCCACCCAGUAUGGGGCCAUUGCCAGGGUCCGAGAGCUGGUCGAAUCUGGUUGGGAUGUCAAUCAACCGGAUAGCGAAACAGUCACUCUGCUCCAUUGGGCGGCCAUCAACAAUCGGAGAGACAUCAUCCGGUAUUUCCUUGAGAAGGGCGCCACCGUAGAUGCCGUGGGAGGCGAACUAAAUGCCACGCCCCUGCACUGGGCCACCCGACAGGGACAUCUCGGUGCCGUUGUCCUGCUCAUGGCCGCUGGUGCAGAUCCAAGGAUCAGGGAUGCGGAGGGUUGCUCCUGCAUACACAUUGCCGCUCAGUUCGCGCACACCGCUCUAGUGGCUUACUUCAUAGCAAAAGGCGUAGACCCCGAUCUACAGGAUCGAGGUGGGAUGACGGCGCUGAUGUGGGCAGCAUGGAAGGUUUGCGCUCUGGAUCCUGUGCGCCUUCUGUUGACUCUUGGAGCCAAUCCCGCCAUGGUUGAUUAUACGCAUGGAAACACAGCCUUGCAUUGGGCUAUCUUAGCGCGCAAUGCCACGGCCAUUUCCACACUGGUGCUCAAGUCAAAGGCCUCACUAGAUGUGCCUAAUCUGCGGGGCGAGACACCGCUCUCGAUGCUGGAAUCCCAGACAGGAGCAAUUUGGAUAGGGGCUAAGGUUAUGGACCGCGUCAAAGAGGCAGCGCUUACCUCGCAACAACGGCGAUCUCUGGUCUCAAAGCUGCGGCACGAUAAACGCCUGAGAUGGUGGUCCAUGGUGGCCUGUCCCUUCACCGCUUUCUAUCUGGCUGGAAUUGUGUUCACCAUAAACACACUGUACAUCAUCAAGUUUUUCCUCCUGGGCUGUUUGUACGCCAUAUUCCACACAAUCGGGAAGGCCUUGUUUGAUGAACAUCUAAUGGCCCUGUUGCCUCUCAGCGUUUACUUGGCCACCAAGGCCUGGUUCUAUGUCACCUGGUUAAUGUACAUCGAUGAUGCUGUCUCGUUUACGGCCACCGUUUGCUUCCUCAUCUCCUCGUUGGCCUUGUGGGUGUGCUUCCUCAAGUCGUGGAAGGGAGAUCCGGGUAUUAUUCGGCCCACCAGAGAGCAGAGAUUUAAGACCAUCAUAGAGCUAUCCGAGCGAGGUGGAAUCGGAUUUGAGCCCGCAUCUUUUUGCUCCGGUUGCCUGGUGCGCCGGCCUAUACGCUCCAAGCACUGCUCCGUGUGUGAUCGCUGUGUGGCGAGAUUUGAUCAUCACUGCCCGUGGGUGGGAAACUGCAUUGGCUUAAAAAACCACAGUUACUUCAUGGGAUUCCUCUGGAUGUUGCUAAUCAUGUGCGUCUGGAUGCUGUAUGGCGGCUCCAAGUAUUAUGUGAAUCAGUGCAAUGUUCGAUUUGAUGAUUUCCUCGGUGCCAUGCGGGCCAUUGGCAACUGCGAUGCCUGGGUGGGCUGGGUAAUGGGUAACGCCCUUCUACACAUGUCCUGGGUCAUCCUGUUGACGAUCUGCCAGACAUAUCAAGUGAUUUGCUUGGGAAUGACCACUAACGAGCGCAUGAACCGGGGUCGAUAUCGCCACUUCCAGGCCAAAGGCGGCCAUAGCCCGUUCACACGUGGACCCAUCCAGAACCUCGUGGACUUCCUCGAGUGCAGCUGCUUUGGUUUGGUACAGCCCAAACGAGUGGACUGGAUGAACUACUAUGACUACGAUGCCCAAACGCAUCAGACCAUCGAAAAGGAGCCACUGUUGAGCGUGGAUUGCCCCGAUGGAAUGGCUGGCGACCAUCAGUACGUGUAGGAUAAGUCCUAUCGGGAUGCGAAGACGCUUCAGAUGCCCAUCGCGCAUGUUUAACAACCAAACAACCAACACCAAACGCUUUAGAGAGUCCGCUACUGCUUUUUCUCUUUCCAAAAAAUCCAAACCGUUUCAUUUCCGUCAAUCAUUAUAAUUGGUCCCGCUGUUCUGCUGCUAAAAAUAUUUAUAAAAUACAAUUCGCGAAGAAGAAUUCCACACAAACAAGACAGAAGCGUCAACGCUGACCGAUAUCGGAUGAACGAGUUGGGGUCCAGGCCGAGCACGGCCUCCCUUCACUUGCGUACAUAUUAUUCAUGUAUUACUGUAAUUACUCUGUACAUUUCUGCGUAUUUCUUACUCUUCGAUCAUAAGCCGAAAGUACACAAAACCCUUUUUGUCCUUUAAAGUAUUUGUAUACCAAAAACCUAAAAGCAAACGUAAGCAAAUGAACACCGAACAAAUUUACCAAUGCAACCAUAAUCAAAACCAGAGUUUGUUUAAGCGUGCAAUAUUCAAGAUUCUAAUUCCACGUACUGAGAUAUUAACAAAUUGUAAAGCGCACACAACAAAAAAAAAACAAAAACUAAACACCAAUCUUUUAAGAAAUUUGCAUGGAAAUGACGGUCUCUGAGCGAAGUUUGUCCUAUGUGGGCUGGAAACUAAAGCAUUAUGUAGUAGAGAAAUGUAAAGUAAUAGUGAAUAUUCAGGAAUACACAAUCCUCACGUACUUUGAGACCAGAAGAGCUCUCUAGGAUCGAUAACUUCGUAACAGGGACGGCAGGCAAAGACUUCAGAUUUUACUAAUAAAAUAUGACAAAUACAGCGAAGACAAGAAAAUUAACCAAUUGAUCCCAAGCACUAGCAUACUUAAACAAAUAAUGAGUAAAUUCUAAAUGCGAUCCAAUUCUAAUUAUGCACUAGUCUAGUCAGAAAGUCAUUUAAGUAAGAUGUUAAAGUGCAACUACAGCCACAAAAUCGAUAAAUAAAAUGCAUAUUUAUAUAAACCCCAUA